UCUGUCUCCUCUCUCUCUCUCUCUCUCUCCCCCCCCCCCCUCUCUCUCUCUCUGUCUACCUCUAUCUACCUCUCUCUUUCUCUGUUCCUCUCUUCCUCUCUCUCUCCUUUGCAGGGAACAAGUGCACAUCGCCUCCCUCUUCCCCCCGUGGCUCCUGUCCUUGGACCCUCCUCAGCUCCUCAGUGGAUCCGCAGAGAACCGUGGGAAUUUUCUGAAACUCGAAGGACAGGACAGAAACUUGUUUGCAGCUGCUCGUCGGGCGUGAAGGAGCAGCGGGCAGAUUCUGUCGAGAUCAUGUCCAAUUCAUUGGAGCGGGUUGUUGCCCAGAAGAAGGAGGCCAUCGAGGCAGUGAUGGACAUGUUUCAGCAGGGGGCAGAGGUGGUGGCGAGCGCCGUGGGCGAGCUCUUCCCCCUCUGUGAGGCCGCCGCCCCGGUUCUCCGCCUGGCCUUAGACAACGUCCACAGCAAAGAGGUCUUUUACGUCAAAGAGCAGUUCCUGACGGUGAGGAACAAGCUGGACGUGCUCUCCACGCAGCUGGAGGACAUAGACUGCGAGAUCAAGAAGGGCAGACUGGACUCUCAGUACUUCUCCGUGGAGGAGAACAUCAGGAACCAGUUCAGGAAAUACAUGGACAUCCUGGAGGCGAAACAGCAGUUCAGGGAAGUGAAGACGAGGCUGUUCCUGGAGCACUUUGCUAAAACAGGGGGAGAGAAGAACCUGUUUGUGUUAUAUGAUGCUCUAAUGGGCACUAACAGCUUUGGAGAGUCAGUGUUAGUGUUGGUGGAAAGAUAUGUGGCGAGGAACCGGCGCCUCCUGGAAGAUUUCUGUGUCCGCAUGAAGGAGCUCUUCUGUUUGGGCCUGAUCGCCCUGCUGGGCCACUGCGCCCUGACCCAAGGCCAAGAGCAAGAAGAGGACAAAAUCCAAGAGUGGAGCAGCAAAAUUGAAGAAGUUGAGUCCAGGAUGAAGACGACCAUCGAGGCCUGCACCGCUGCCUUCCCGGACCAAGCCAAACUAGACGCCCAGCGACUCCUGCAGGAGAAGGAGGAAGAAAACCUGCAGGACACGACCCAGCAGAUUCUGGAGCUCUUGGUGAAAAAGUACGAUUGGGUGAGCUGGUCGGUGCGGCUCAUCAACCACUCGGGCAGCACCUACCGCAACUGGCGAGCGGGGGAGCACUUUCACCACGUGGCCGGACAGAACUGGUUCGAGGUGCUGCAGGUGAACAACAUCAACCUGGUGGUGUCGUACAGCGUCAAGCCGCAGCCGGUGCCCCGGGACUGCAUCCGGCAGGCGAUGGAGGGUCAGGGGAGGAAGGGGAACGCCCCGGCGGUGGUGGAGGUGCUGGAGAAGCAGCUGUGCGGGUUUGUGGUUCACGCUGUGAGUCGCCACAAGGAGUCUGCAGCUGCGUGGAGCUUCCCAGAGGAAUGUCACUACUGGGAGAGACACAAGAAUGUGGCCGUGUGUGUGCACUCUGAGUAGAGCUGGUUAGCUGUUUGGCUGUUAAGCAUUGACAUAGUGCAGGUGUGUGUCGCUUGUCCAACUCUGAGACUGAGUUUAUCAUGAAAACUUGAAAAUGCUAAAUCUCACAUUAUCAGUAUCAAUAUCAAUUCAUUUUGAUCUAGUUCAAAAUACAGUAUUCUCCUCUAAAACAUUUUUUCAUCAAGGUCCAUGAAUUAUUCUCUGAAUUCAUAGGCCCCUUAAACUUCAUAUCCAUCGGGCUUGAGUAUUAAUUGGUACUGGUACUAUAGUAUCAGUAGUAUCAGCCAAUAUAGUAUUUACAUAUAUUCAGCUUUGCAGUUCAAACUAUUUCAGAUCUUUGACUAAAUGCACUUUUAUUUUGUAUUUUCUGUCAGUGUUAAUUUACUAUUUUUACAGUAGAUAUUUGAAUUAUGGACAUUUCUCCUGUAAAUGUAUUUAUUUAUUCAUGCUGCAGCUGUUUAAAUAUUAACCGCUCGCAUAUUAUAAACCAUGUCACUAAGUGUGUGUACUUUUAGUUUUUGAGUUACUGACCAGUUCAACUAAAAGAGUCUCUGCACUAGCACUAUAUGUAAAAACAGGGCGUGUCUUUAUGCUUUUACUGCACCUCAGCAUCACAGUCAUAAUCCAGUCUCCCAUGAGAAACUGCCUCUGAAGAGAUGAUUUCAUUUUGCUGAGGCUGCAUCUGCAGAGCCGUGCUCCCAUUUUGUCUGUGCUCAGCAGACUGGCCUAUUUAACUGUGACAGGAAGCGCAGAGGUUACUUCUUCAGGCACGAGAAACAAAGAGGCUCCGAGUUUCGGCAGCGGAGACGAGACAACGUGCCUUGUGUUCCCCGACACGUCAGACCCGCUGAGCCUGAACCAAAGCUACUGGACCCCAGAGCCGCUGCUGCCUUCAAAUACCUUGUGGGUUGGAUUUUAGCUGCAACAAUCUUCAUUUGUUUCAUCAUUUAUAUCAAAUUUUCUACCUAUGUGUGUUUGACACUUUUUCUUUCUUAAUCUUUGCUCCCACUAAGUUUUUCCUGCAUAUUUCUACUGUGAUUUUUCUAGAAUUUUUUUCUAAUCUACUGGUGCAUCAGGGGCAAACCAAUAGGGCAAACCAUGGAAAGGUCAGAUGGGAGCAUUGGGAGCAUUGGUUUGACUCCUGACCAGCUGGACUGUUUACUUCAUGUCUAUCGCUCCAUUUCCUGUGUCUCCUUCUCUGUAACUAUAUCACAAUAAAGACAAAUAGACCCCAGAGUUGUAAAUUGGUUCAAUUCAGAAACUAAAACCUCACCAGCUUCUGCAUUCAAAGCAAAUCAUGAUAAUAAAAGUGCGUGAUCGAUGGUCGGAUUCUUUUUAUGCCUUAUGACAAUUAUUGACAAAUUACAAA